AUUGGCCGGCCAGGUCGGUGGCGCGUCUUGCAGUGAUGGCGGCGGCAGCGGCGGUGGCGGCUCCGGGCCCGUGCGGGGCCGGGGGGCCCCGCGUGUCCAGCGGCCGGGACCUGAGCUGCGUCCCGGAGGUGGCGGAAACGCUGGGGGCCGUGGCCCGGCAGGGGUUCGAUUUCCUGUGCAUGCCGGUCUUCCACCCACGCUACCGCCGGGAGUUCACCCACCAGCCGGCCCGUGGCCGCCCCGGCCCCCAUACCCGCUCUGACCUGCUGCUCUCGGGGAGAGACUGGAACACGCUGAUCGUGGGGAAGCUCUCCCCCUGGAUCCGCCCUGACGCCAAGGUGGAGGCGGUCCGCAGGAACUCGGAGGCGGCAAUGCUGCAGGAGCUGAACUUUGGGGCGUACCUGGGGCUCCCCGCAUUCCUGCUGCCCCUGACGCAGGGCGAGAACCCCAACCUGGCCCGGGUGCUGAGCACCCACAUCCACACCGGGCACCACAGCACCAUGUUUUGGAUGCGGGUCCCUCUACUGGCCCCCGAGGAUCUGCGGGACGACCUGAUUGGGAACGAGCCGGUGCCGGUGCCCGAGGAUGGCUCGGGGGACGAGAAGACGUGGAUAUGGUGGCACAAUUUCCGGACCCUCUGUGACUACAACAAGCGCAUCGCAGUGGCUCUGGAGGUGGGGCCAGACCUGCCCUCCAAUCAUGUCAUCGACCGCUGGCUGGGGGAGCCAAUCAAAGCAGCCAUCCUGCCUACUAGCAUCUUCCUGACCAAUAAGAAGGGGUUUCCCGUCCUCUCCAAGAUGCACCAGCGCCUGGUCUUCCGUUUGCUCAAGCUGGAGGUGCAGUUCAUCGUGUGGGGCGCUCACCACCACCCCGAGAAGGAGUUCUGCUCCUACCUGCAGUACCUGGAGUAUCUGAGCCAGAACCGGCCGCCCCCCUCCGCCUAUGAGCUCUUCGCCAAGGGCUACGAGGACUAUCUGCAGUCCCCCCUGCAGCCCCUGAUGGACAACCUGGAGUCCCAGACCUACGAGGUCUUUGAGAAGGACCCCAUCAAAUACUCCCAGUACCAGCAGGCGAUCUACAGGUGCCUGCUGGAUCGGGUGCCCGAAGAGGAGAAGGAGACAAAUGUGCAGGUGGUGAUGGUGCUGGGGGCUGGCCGGGGCCCCCUGGUAAAUGCCACACUGCGGGCAUCCCGUCAGGCCGGCCGGCGAGUGAAGAUCUACGCCGUGGAGAAGAACCCCAAUGCUGUGGUGACACUGGAGAGCUGGCAGUACGAGGAGUGGGGCUCACAGGUGACCGUGGUCUCGUCCGACAUGCGGGAGUGGUCGGCACCUGAGCAGGCCGAUCUCCUGGUGUCGGAGCUGCUGGGCUCCUUUGCCGACAACGAGCUGUCCCCCGAGUGCCUGGACGGGGCGCAGCACUGCCUGCGGGCGGGCGGCGUGAGCAUCCCCAGCACCUACACGUCCUUCCUGGCGCCCAUCUCCUCCUCCAAGCUGUACAACGAGGUGCGGGCCUGUCGCGAGAAGGACCGGCACCCUGAGGCGCAGUUCGAGAUGCCCUACGUCGUGCGGCUCCACAACUUCCACCAGCUGGCGCCGCCCCAGCCCUGCUUCACCUUCCACCACCCGCACCCAGACCCAGACCGGGACAAGAGCCAGUACCGGCAGCUGGAGUUCGCGGUCGAGGUGAACACGGUGCUGCACGGCUUCGCCGGCUACUUCGAGACCACGCUCUACGGCGACGUCACGCUCACAGCCGCUGGCGGUGCGCGCGGGCGAGCGCGUGCGCGUGGCCUUCUGGCGCUGCGCGGGCCCGCGCAAGGUGUGGUACGAGUGGGCGGUGACGGCGCCCGGCUGCUCUGCCCUGCACAACCCGAGCGGCCGCUCCUCCACCAUCGGCCUAUGAGCGAUCGCCACGUCACGGAGACCCCGCCCCCGCUCUUCCGUCUCGGCCUCUGGGCGUGCGCAACGUCACCGGGGUACCCCGCCCCACGCGGCGCUCCCGCUCCCCUUUGUCCCUGUCCGUGCGUUUCAAUAAAGCUUUCUGUCCCGGCCCGUGUGUGCGUGUGUCUGACGGGGUGGGGGCGCCCUCGCGUUGUCAUGGCAACAGGCUCCCUGAGCGCAGCCGUGCGAGCGCUGAUAGGUUGCUGAGCCUGCAAGUCAGCC